GGUUUUGUGGACGCAAUCAAGAGGAGAAAGACCCGUCCGCACUCGAGCACAGUACAUGCAGACGCGUAAACGAACGUACAAAACACUUCCAUGAAUGACAAGGGAAAAAAGGCCCACGCCAAACACGACGACACAACAGACACACUUUGAACCAACACCACGAACAACACGUCCAAACUACGUAAGUGCUUAUAUCGACGACGACAUCGACUCUACCCAGACGAAAACACCAUAAAGAGCCAUCAUCCACCCAUCCACCCAGACACCUCGCGACCACAGAAGACGGAAAAACAAUCAAUCCGGCACUCUCCCCGUCACGCGCCUUCCAGCGAGUCAUGCGGCGACGCCGUAGCCUGCGUGGAUCCGGUGUGCACAAGGGCGGGCUCACUGGCCUGCUGGUAGCCGUUGUCCUCCUCAUCGUCAGUCUUCUUCGACAUGUCCACCCUGUUGCCGUGCCUCUGCGGCACACACGUGGACACGACCCCGAGGAAGACCGUCAGCACUCCAAGAAUCCGCUGGAUGGAUGCAGGGUGCCUCACAGAAAAGACACCGAACUCGUCCACAAAUAGACUCAUCAUCAGCUACAAGAAACAAAACCACCGACAACAGGAAGAGGAGAACGAGGGGUAGCCGCUGGUGCUGCUGGCGUAUGCGUGGGAGGGCGGUGCUUGCCUGUCCGAAGAUGAACAUGACAAAAAACAGCGUCACGCCGACCACUCGAGGUAUCGAGAUGGAGAAGAAGAGGAACGCCACGCCCCACACACCACCCGUCCACAUCCACCACGAAGCCUCGCCCAUACGGCCGAAAGUCACGUCGUCAUGCAACAGCCAAUCUGAAAGAAGUGAGAUGAUCAAUCGCUUCGUGCAUCCCUUGUCUGUGGCAGGCUCACUCACAGGGGAUGAGCGAGGCGACAGUACAGCCGAUCGUCGCGACGAUGUUGGAUACGAAGGCCGCCCUCAUGUUGCCGCGUACCCGAUGUGCCAGCAGCUGGUUGAUGGCCGACUGGAUAGGCAUAUUGCACCCCACUACCACGGGGAUUAUGCAGGUGAGGAUGCCCGACCAGCCCACCGCAGGCAGCCCCCCGCCGAUGAAGAAGUUGAAGGACAUGACUGUGCCUAACGUCACUAGCACACCACCAAGCACCUGACGCAUGCACGCACACAGAAAGCUCCACAUUAUGUCACCCUCAGCAUGUCGUGUAGCCUUGCUUACUUUGAACAACGUCAAAGGUCUCCUUUUGGGAAAGCCGAUUGUGUCCGAAAAGAGCGACGAGACUAUGUUGCCGAAGAUGACAAGCAUCGUGUAAAGAGCCAUGCCCAGGAUGGGACUGAUGACGAUGCCCGAGGUGACCGCAAACGCGCCCAGUAGUCCACCGAUCCACUGCCACAGCGGCAUUCUGCCCGGGCCACACAGCGGGCCAAGCAGCCGCACCCAGCCGCAGUCCAUGCCGACCAUCACACGGCAGCACGUGUCCCGGCCCGUCUGCUCCAGGAUGGCCUCUCCCCUCGGCGCCGUCAUCACCGUGCACGCAAGGAGGCCGAGAAUAGAGGUGGCUUGAGCAAAGUUGAAUGUGCUGACAUAGAGGCCGUGGCCUGCAUAAGGCGAUAGGGCGGCGCUGACACCCAGCUGAACCACUAAAAAGGCUCCAGCGAUGAUAGACAGACACGACAGGCCGAACAUUCGUCCGCAGCCGACUUGUUCGACGAUGGACUGCCUCCGCUUGACGUCUAUUCGCGCCACAGCCUCGUCCAGACCAGCUGUGUUAGCGCCCAGCGGCGGCUCCAGGCCAUCAGCGAGGGCCACAUACGACACACGCGACUCAGGAAGCAGCAGAGAGCCGUCACUCAUGAUGAUCUGUCAAGAUGGGCGAAACAAGGUGAUCACGAACAUUACGAGUGCUUCUUUGUGCCUCCAUCCCUGCUCACUUUUCGCCGUUGCUUGGUUUAGUGAAGGCUGGCGGUGGUUGGUUAUUGUGUUUAACGAAACUCACCCCGGAGGGGAUCCUGUCCAU